UGUCUAUCAUUCUCACCUAUUCCUAAGCAGAACUGCGCACUCUCUGUCUAUAAAUACCCCCUUCUUCUCCUUUGGAUGUUGUUCUUUCUCUCAUCCUCUUCCCAUCCUCCUCCCAUCCUCCCUCACCUUCUCUGAACACGACCAUCCUGCCAUCUGCCAUCAUGGCGCUUCUCCUUCUUUUCUUUCAGCUCCUUCUUGCUUUGUUGGUCUCCUCCCAGCAUAUUGUGUUGAGAGAUGCCACCACCACCUGGGAUAAAGCCCCUGGUGCUUCGACUCUCCCUUCUGGAACUGCCUCUGACUGUAACCACUGGUACACCAUCAAGAAAGGUGAUAGCUGCUACACCGUGGAAACCGCCUUUAACCUCAAACACGAGGACUUCAUCCGCUGGAACGCGGCCGUCUCUGAUGAUUGUGUCACGAACUUCUGGCUUGGCUAUGCGUACUGCGUGGGGGUUGGUCCCCGUGACAAACCUGUUGAACCGACUGCUGUCCCGCCUCCUCCCAGCGAUGAACCCCCUAAGGAUCCCUCUCCUCCCAGUGAUGAACCUCCUAAAAAUCCCUCCCCUCCUCCCACCGAUACACCUCCCGAGAAGCCUCCUCCUAAGGCAACCGAUGCACCUAAGCCCCCUCCUGAGACAACCGCUCCUCCGGGCACGAGUGUCCCUCCUGGUACCGGGGCUCCUCCCCCUGACAAACUCCCCGUUACGAGUGGCCCGUCGACCAACGGAAAUUACUCCAUCAUCAAUCCCAUAACGACUUGGACGCCACCACCUCGGGCUAACACCACAACGACCGCCUCCUGGCCACCUACGAAGACGCAGCCCGGACAACCGGCAGACUGCAACAAUUGGUACGAGGUCCGUCCGGGAGAUAACUGUGACAGAAUCUUGGUUCGUGCUGGCUCAUGGGUGAGCUUAGAGCUGCUAUUGCAGUGGAACCCCUCGCUCAAAGGUAACUGCAACAGCCCGUUUAUUGACUGGUGGGUGUGUAUUGGGGUCAAGCCGACAGAGACAUUCACCUACAUCUACCCUACAAACAACACGGCGCCCCCUCUGACUAAGUACACGCCGAUGUUGCGGCCACCGAUGACAAUAACUCCAUUCAUGCCCUCUCCAACCCAGUCUGGCCUCGCAACCGACUGCCAGGAGUUCUACCACGCUACACAGGGAGACACAUGCUCGCAGAUCCUCGACCUCUACGAGGGAAUCGUCGACGACAAAAGAUUCCACGAGAUCAACCCAGCUCUUGGACCAGCACCAGAAUGCACCGGUCUCAAACCCGACUACUAUUACUGUGUCAUGGCCUAUCCGGAUGAAUAUCCCCCGAUGCCUCCGACAGUGACCACUGCGCCUACGCCCCUGCCCUCUGACACGGCCAAAAACUGCACACUAUGGUACCAAUCUGUCGGCCUCCAGAGAUGCGAAGGCAUCGUCCUCGACUUCGGCACCUUCACUGAAGAGCAGUUCAUCGCGUGGAAUCCAUCCGCGGCAAGACGCUGCAACGGUCUUCCAGAAGAUACCUGGUACUGUGUCGCAGACGCCAACACCCCAUCAAGUCGCACUGCACCCUACGACCCAGGCCCGACCGCAGGACACCACCAGCUCAACGUGGCGCCAAACUGCAACAAUUGGUGGUUCGUCGGGCUCAGCGAUUCGUGCAGAGUCAUUGCCCUCCGAGCCGGCAUCGCCGAGAGUGCCUUCUACGAGUGGAACCCAGAUGUCUCGUCGGAGCGGCACUGCGACAACCUGAUCCCUGGAAGCGAAGUCUGCGUGGGCGUUCCCUCAAACGGAACCAUUCCUGUGCCAACCUCCAACGGAACCAUCCCAGUGCCUACCACGCCCGGAAAGAAGCCGACCCUCACGCCGGGCAAGUCUUCCAGCUCUCGCGGGCCAACCAGCGGCUCCUUCAGUGUUCUCCCCACCACCCCGCUCCCCACGGAGCCUGACAACACCUUCAGCCUCUCAACGGGCUCCAUCACCGAGACAGACACCAUGACCACCGUGUCAGAGGGAGACCCCCGCGGCACCGCCUCCAACAGCGAUCCCUGGCCGCCUGGCUCGGCGCCCUCUACCACCCGCCACACCCGCCCUGCGCCCAUUCCUACCGGUAAACGCUGUGUUCUUAAGCAUGGCAAGGAGGUCACGGCUAGCGAAGACGCGACUGGUCAUGGCAAGUCGCCUGUUGGUAGGGAGACGGCUUCGGCUGACGACUGUGUUGAGACUACUGAGGCUACUGAAAGUUCUACUUUGAUGGGUGGAGGAUUUUUUUUUUACAGAUUGGUACAGAUGGAUUGA